AUGCCUGGAAUGAAGAGAACUAUGAGCAGUGAGUGUCUGUUACCUUAUUACACUGCCCACAGCUACCGAUCCAUGGGCGUGUUCAACACCUCCAUGGGAAACCUACAGCGACAACUGUACAAGGGAGGAGAGUAUGAUAUUUUCAAGUAUGCACCGAUGUUUGAGAGUGACUUUAUCCAGAUUAGCAAAAAAGGAGAGGUGAUUGAUGUUCACAACCGCGUCCGCAUGGUGACUGUAUGCAUCGCAUCCACCAGCCCGGUCCUCCCACUACCUGAUGUCAUGCUGCUGGCCCGACCAGCUAAAGUCUGUGAAGAACAUGCCAGACGGGCCCGGUUCAUCAAGGGGAGAGGUCGCAAGCCUUUAAAGACAUUAGAGCUCACCAGGCUGCUUCCUUUGAAGUUUGUAAAGAUCUCCAUUCACGAUCGUGAGAAACAGCAGCUGCGCCUGAAACUUGCCACAGGCCGGACUUUUUACCUGCAGCUGUGUCCCUCUUCUGAUGCUCGAGAAGACCUCUUUUGCUAUUGGGAAAAGCUCGUCUAUCUCCUGAGGCCACCAACCGACAGUUGCAGCAGUGGCCCCACACUUCACACUGGUGACGCAACUAGCCCUGAGACCAAAAGCCUACUGGGCUCAGAGAUCCAUGGAGAAGGGGAUCAGGAUUCUGGGCGUCAAAAGCUCCGAGAUGUGUCAGGAGUCACCUCUGCUGCCUUUGCAGGAGGAGAAGGGACGCGACCAGCUACUAUAGCCUCUGCAGUCGUUGGUACUCGAGGUGCUAAAGGGGUAGCAGCCGGGGCAGCAGCUGGCACAGUGGCUGGAGGAGUAACAACAGGCUCCUUAGCAGGGGUGGCAAAAGUGGGGACAGCUACAAGCUCUGCCUCUGAUGCUGUAAGCACGGCAACCACCAAGUCUCCAGCCUCAGGACAGGUAGCUGCAGCUCUGGCAGGAACAGCCAGCAAAGAUUCAGGAGGAAGCGGAUCCAGCAAGGCCCUGGCAGCUGUUGCAAACAUAUCCUCAGACGUUAUAGACGUAGUCUUGGCAGGAGCUGCUAGUUCCUCCUCGGAGUCCACUUCCGCAGCUGGAACUGUCAGUAUUACCCAAGACAGCAACCUGAGUAUGGCGUUUGCAGGCACUAUGACAACCAAGGAGCCUGAUGCAGGGCCUGCUGCAGACAAACCUGAAGCUCCGCUUGUGUCAACCCUGCAGAGUGAAGGCUACAUGUGUGAAAGGGAUGGAAGCCAGAAGGUUCCACACACUGGCUCUGAACCCCGGAAGGAAAAACGGGAGAGACGAGAAAAGGACAGAAAUGCCAGCCGGAAAAGAUCCCAUCACCACAGGACAGGGGCAAGUCACCGAACCUCAGGCAAGGACAAGACCCGGAAAUCAUCUUCCCACCGGUCCUCCGUAUCUGGCCAUGGGAAAACAAGAGAAGACAAAAAAGGAAAAGGGCACAGCAGCUUAAGGGGCAAGAGACAUGGCUCCUCUCACAAGAGUGAGUCCAGGACUGCUCGCAAACCCAGGAAGAGCCGAUCCACAGCUAGCUCAGUGUCUGUGAGUAAGAAGUCCAGUAAGAUUGGCUCUUUUUUGAGGAGCUUUCUAAUACGACCUACUUCAAAACCAGGGGUCCCCUCAUGUGAUAGAGGGGUAGAUGUGACAAAGACGGUGGAGAAGCACAACAUAGAGACGAAAAUGGAGAAAGGCAAGGAGUUAGAGUUCAGCGGUAUGGUAACCGAGACAACGGAGAGGAUCAUCUUCGAAGCCAAAUCCAUUUAA